AUGACUAAUACUAUUAAAAAAGGAGUUUUAAAAAUAAAUUAAACUUAAUUAAUAGAAAAUAAAUCAGAUUAUUCUUCAGGUGGUUCAAUUUAUCUUUAAAAUAAUAAUUUGGUCAUGUAAAAUUCAAUUUUAGCUUCAAAUUAAGCAUAAAUUGGUGGAGGAAUAUAUUAUGGUCAGGUUAUGCCAGAUUUUUUAAUUGAUCUUCAAAAAGGCAAUAAAAAUAAUAAUACUUUCAAAGACAAUCUAGCAAAUAUUUAUGGAUAGAAUUUUGGUUCUACUUUAAGGAGUGUAUUUGUUAAUUUAGAAAACAUAAAAAUUCCUAAAAACAGUUUAAAGCUAUAUGAAAAUAAAGUAAUAUUUAUUAAAAAAAUUAAAAGUGGAGAUUCAAUAAAUUUUGAACAAAUACAAUUGCUUGAUGAAGAAAAUAAUCCAAUUAGAUCUAUAGAUGUUAACUCAACUAAUUUUUAAUUAUUAAGUAGUGAUGUUUAAUCUUUAGUACAACAAAUAAGUGUUUCUGUUUAAUGGAAUUAAGAAAACAAAUAAAUACAAUGCGAUGGAUAACUUUAAACAAAAUAAUUUAUAAAUGGAGGCUUUAACUUAAAUGUUCAGAUUUUUUAUAAGCCUAUUUCUGAAUUGGUACUAAAAAUAGUUAGCAAUUCCUUUUCUUCACUAAUAGAUUCUAAUGGAAAUAUUGUUGUAAAUUAAGGUUAAAUAGAAUUAAUAUUGAAUAUAGAAUUGGAGUAGUGUUCAAUAGGAUAAAUAUUUAAAUAAUAUGGUAGUUCAAUAGCAUGUGAAACAUGCCCUGAUGGUAAAUAUUCUUUAAGUUUAAAUGAUCAAGAGUGUAGAUAAUGCCCUGAUUCAGCUGUUUAAUGUAUAGGUUCUAAUAUUUAAUUAAAAAACGGAUAUUGGAGAGAAGACGAAAAUACUGACAAUAUUAUCUACUGUAGUUUUAACCCUCAAUCAUGCUAACCAUAAAUUUCUACUUCUAAAUUUUACUGUAUUGAAGGACAUAAAGGUCCUAUAUGUUAUUAAUGUGAUACAUAUGGUGAAAUUUGGGGAAUUUUUAAAAAAAUUUAUUUUUUAAAAAGUAAACUAAUCUGA